CAAAAAGAGGGAGAGAGAGCUCCCGGGAGAGAAAGGCAAGGACCCCUGGCCCCGGAAUCACCACCUCCGGCACCAGCUUCCCAAGACUGAGCGUAGGAAAAGGGUACGGAGCUGGGCAGGGACAGGGUUCGCCGGCAUGAAGUUGGAGGUGUUCGGCCCCCGCACGGCCCACGGGGAUAAGCCGGGUAGUGACCUGGAGGGCGCAGGCGGUAGUAACGCGCCAUCUCCGCUGUCGGCAGCCGGCGACGACUCCCUGGGCUCGGACGGGGACUGUGCGGCCAACAGCCCAGCGGCAGGCGGCGGCACGGGGGAGCUGGCGGGUGGUGGCGAGCGGAGCGCGGACGGUGGGGAGCCAGCAGCCGAGGAGGAGGGCCGGGCAGCGGCGGGGGACGCGGAGGCGGGCGCGGCGGGGCCGGGAGCCGGGAGCGCAGGGAGCGGCGAGGGCGCGCGGAGCAAGCCGUACACGCGGCGGCCAAAGCCUCCGUACUCGUACAUCGCGCUCAUCGCCAUGGCCAUCCGCGACUCGGCAGGCGGGCGCCUGACGCUGGCCGAGAUCAACGAGUACCUCAUGGGCAAGUUCCCCUUCUUCCGCGGCAGCUACACUGGCUGGCGCAACUCGGUGCGCCACAAUCUCUCGCUCAACGACUGCUUCGUCAAGGUGCUGCGCGACCCCUCGCGGCCUUGGGGCAAGGACAACUACUGGAUGCUCAACCCCAACAGCGAGUACACCUUCGCCGACGGGGUCUUCCGCCGCCGCCGAAAGCGCCUCAGUCAUCGGGCGGCGGCUCCUGCACCCGGGCUGCGGCCGGAGGAGGCUGCAGCCCGCCCCGCCGCCGCGCCCCCGCCGCCUGCGCCCGCUGCCCCAGCCUCGCCCCGUGUGGGCUCGCCCGCCCGCCAGGAGGGGCGCGGCAGUCCCGCGGGCAAGUUCUCCAGCUCGUUCGCCAUAGAUAGCAUCCUCAGCAAGCCCUUCCGCAGCCGCCGCGACGGGGACACGGUCCCUGAGGUGCGGUUGCCUUGGGGCGCCGCGCCCUGUCCGCCGCUGCCCCCAUAUCCUGCGCUCCUCCCCGGCGCGCCUGGCGGGGCCCUGCUGCCGCUCUGCGCAUACGGCGCGGCCGAGCCGGCCCUGCUGGGCGCGCGCGGAGCCGAGGCGCCUCGGCCGGAGCCGCACCUCCUGCUCGCGCCCUUCUCCGCCUCCGCGCCUGCCAAGCAUUUCGGAGGCCCGGCGGCCGGCGGCGGCGCGCACCUGUACUGCCCCCUGCGGCUGCCCGCGGCCCUGCAGGCGGCCUCGGCCCGCGGCCCUGGCCGGCACCUGCCCUACCCGGUGGAGAAGCUCCUGGCUUGAGCAGCGCCGGUGGGCGACUUCGGGGAAUGCAAAGUUCAGGGUUUUGCACUUCCUGUCCAGAGAAAAGGAGACUUUGAAGAAAAUUCUCAAUCAAACGUGCCUUAAAGCUAAAGAAUUUUUGACAGAAGUGUUUUAACUUAGUCCAGAAUAUUUCCUUCGUCUUUUAUAACUUUACAGAGGACCAAAGCAGUUUUUCAUAAUUGUUUGUUUCAUGACCAAGCAUGUCCCUCUCUCCCUUUAAAAAGAUUUUCCCUCUGUUCUUACUGCCUAGGCUCUCCCUUAUUCCUACUGUUUUUGUCUCACCUUUCAUUGAUUUGUCCCUAACAAAAAAGAAAAAAAGCACAUCAGGGAACCAUUCCGUAUGACAAAUGAUAUGACUACUGUUUGGGGUUUAUUGGGCCCCUGUUCCGUAUACUUAUGUGUCAUUUACAGGUAUAACUGAAUGUGAGAGAGGUGUCAGAGAACCUUCAGUCAUUUCUCCGCUAUUGACCAGUGCUUCACUGUGCCAAAAGAUAUAUAGAUAUAUAUAUCUAUAUAUAUAUAUGGGGUUUGUAAUUAAAUUAUUUAUAUAUUUUUGAAACCUGAAUUGAAAAUGUUGCAGGCAACGGGCUACAGCUUUAUUAGUGGUUCGGUGAUCUCUAAUGGUGGUCUCCUUGGGCCAAGCAAUUCCUUUAAAGGAAAAGUUAACAUUAUGUAUGUGGGGUGCCAGGACCACUGCCACGUGAAAGCAAGUGUGAUUUUUAUUUUUAAUAUUAUUUUAUUUGUGUCUGUGUACAUAUUCAUGUAUAAAUUUUAUGAAACCCAGGCAUAGUGCUUAUUUUUUAAUAAAAUUCACAACUGAGUGUGGUGAUGGGCUGGAGAUGGAGAGUUUUUAACCCCCACCCCCCAAAAAAUAGGUUUAGGUUUGAGUCUCAAGAAACUUCCUGUGGGGGUCAAAAGAUUUUCCUGAAUGAUUCAAUAAAGGCAGAAGCAGUCAGCAGGUUUCCUUACCUGCCAAAUUGCUGUAUAGAACUCCAGAAUGGGAUUUCCAUCAAUGGGAUUUCUUAAAACUUCAAACCAAUGACCUCUCCUGAGUUAUUAGAACAAAUCGUAAGGUAUGUGCCCCCAAGAAUCCUUUAGCAAACAAGUUGUUAACAAGCUUAUAAUCAAGCAGAUAUUUUCAGGUAAAUUGGUUCUGAUUAGGGGCUUAAAAAGCUGGAAACAAUCUUGACAUAGUACUAUCUUAACACACCAAUGACUUCUUCAGGGCAAUUUUAAGAGUAACUUGAAUGUCAGUGUUUUUGU